UCUGUGCCGCUCUGACUGUCCGUGACGCCGUCUCCAGGUGGACUACGUGGAGCCCAGCCAGAACACCAUCUCCCUGAAGAUGAUUCCUCGGAUAGAUCUGGACCGCAUCAAGGCCAAGAUGAGUCUGAAAGACUGGUUUGCCAAGAGGAAGAAGUUCAAGAGGCCGGCCCAGAGGCUGUUCGAUGCUGAGAAGAUCAGGUCUCUGGGGGGCGAGGUCAGCCACGACGGAGACUUCAUGAUCUUUGAGGGCAACCGUUACAGCCGAAAAGGAUUCCUGUUCAAGAGCUUCGCCAUGUCUGCUGUGAUCACAGACGGCGUGAAGCCCACGCUCUCGGAGCUGGAGAAGUUCGAGGACCAGCCGGAGGGCAUUGACCUGGAGGUGGUCACCGAGUCGGGUAAAGAGCGAGAGCACAACCUGCAGGCCGGCGACAACGUGGAGGUCUGCGAGGGGGAGCUGAUCAACCUGCAGGGCAAGAUCCUGAGCGUGGACGGCAACAAGAUCACCAUCAUGCCCAAACACGAGGACCUGAAGGAUCCUCUGGAGUUCCCGGCUCACGAGCUGAGGAAGUACUUCCGGAUGGGCGACCACGUGAAGGUGAUCGCCGGCCGGUACGAGGGCGACACCGGCCUGAUCGUCCGCGUGGAGGAGAACUUCGUCAUCCUCUUCUCCGACCUCACCAUGCACGAGCUGAAGGUGCUGCCCAGAGACCUGCAGCUCUGCUCCGAGACGGCGUCCGGCGUGGACGCUGGCGGGCAGCACGAGUGGGGCGAGCUGGUCCAGCUGGACCCGCAAACGGUUGGCGUCAUCGUUCGCCUGGAGAGGGAGACCUUCCAGGUGCUCAACAUGCACGGGAAGGUGCUGACGGUGCGCCACCAGGCCGUCAACCGCAGGAAGGACAACCGCUUCGCCGUGGCUCUGGACUCCGAACAGAACAACAUCCACGUCAAGGACAUCGUCAAGGUCAUCGACGGGCCGCACUCGGGCCGCGAGGGAGAGAUCCGCCACCUCUUCCGAGGCUUCGCCUUCCUUCACUGCAAGAAGCUGGUGGAGAACGGAGGCAUGUUCGUGUGCAAGACCCGACACCUGGUUCUGGCCGGAGGCUCCAAGCCGAGAGACGUGACCAACUUCACGGUGGGGGGGUUCGCCCCCAUGAGUCCUCGCAUCAGCAGCCCUAUGCACCACGGCGGCGGAGGAGCUCAGCAGAGGGGAGGCGGCGGAGGAGGAAUGGGGCGGGGCCGAGGACGGCGAGACAACGAGCUGAUUGGUCAGACGGUCCGCAUCUGCCAGGGUCCCUACAAAGGUUACAUUGGCGUGGUGAAGGACGCCACCGAGUCCACGGCCCGUGUGGAGCUGCACUCCACCUGCCAGACCAUCUCUGUGGACCGGCAGCGCCUAACCACCAUGGGAGCCAAGAGACACAGCGGGAUGACCUCCACCCACGGCCGCACCCCCAUUUACGGCUCCCAGACCCCCGUGUACGGCUCCGGCUCCAGGACCCCCAUGUACGGAUCCCAGACCCCCCUGCAUGACGGAAGCCGCACGCCCCACUAUGGCUCCCAGACCCCACUGCAUGAUGGGAGCAGGACGCCCGGUCAGAGCGGCGCCUGGGACCCCAGCAACCCCAACACCCCCUCCAGGAACGACGAGGAGUACGACUUCGGCUUUGACGACGAACCCUCCCCCUCCCCCCAGGGCUACGGCGGCACCCCCAACCCGCAGACCCCCGGUUACCCCGAAGUCCCCUCCCCUCAGGUCAACCCCCAGUACAACCCUCAGACUCCGGGCACGCCCGCCAUGUACAACACAGAGCAGUACUCGCCGUACGCCGCCCCCUCCCCGCAGGGCUCCUACCAGCCCAGCCCCAGUCCUCAGAGCUACCACCAGGUGGUGCCGUCACCGGUCGGAUACCAAAACACGCACUCUCCGGCCAGCUACCACCCCACCCCCUCCCCCAUGGCGUACCAGGCCAGUCCCAGCCCCAGCCCUGUUGGUUACAGUCCCAUGACGCCCGGAGCGCCGUCUCCUGGGGGGUACAACCCCCACACCCCCGGCUCCAACAUCGAGCAAGGCAGCAGCGACUGGGUGACCACCGACAUCCUGGUCCGGGUCAAAGACUCCUUCAUGGACCUGAUGGGACAGAUGGGGGUCAUCAGGAGCGUCACGGGCGGGAUGUGCUCCGUCUUCAUGCAGGAGUCUGAGAAGGUGGUGAGCAUCAGCAGCGAUCAGCUGGAGCCUGUCACCCCCACCAAGAACAACAAGGUGAAGGUGAUCCUGGGGGAGGACCGCGAGGCGACGGGCAUCCUGCUGAGCAUCGACGGGGACGACGGCAUCGUGCGCAUGGAGCUGGACGACCAGCUGAAGAUCCUGAACCUGAGGUUCCUGGGGCGCCUGGAGCACUGAGCCCCGCCCACUUCAUUUUCUACUGUUUUAGUGCUUCUGUUUGUCGGUUCCAGUCCGUGUUUGCUGGAGGUAGGAAGCAAAGUGUGUGUGUCAAUAAAUGAAAUCAGACGGUUUUGUCUGCCGUGUGGUGACCUUCAGCCUGCAGGGGGCGACAGACUUCCUCUAUCCACCUGUCGGAUUAAAGCUCCACUUCCUGUCCACUUCCUGUCUUUAAGUUAAGGACUUCCUGUUUGACUUUCAUCAAAAUCUGAAAUUAUUCCAAAAAUAUUUUUAGAUUCAGCGAUUAAAGUCUAAAAUAUCCACAUUUUAACUUCAGUGAAGCUCGGAUUCUCUCCUGCAGCUUCAGAACUUUUGUGGUUCUGAAUGUUUCUUUUUUUUGCACAUUUCCUCGUUUACUUUGUAGUUUUUAUGUUUCACCUUUUUAAUGAGUUAAUUAGAGACAUUGACAAAGGUCAGAUCCUUUCAUUCAAAAAUAAACGUAUCAUUUUCUCUGUUUUUGUAAAAACAAAUAAACAUGUAAACAACA